UGUCACUUCCCGUCGAACCGUUCUCACGACAAGCGAAAAAACCUUAAACAAACAUCUAAAAAACUAUAAAUAAUAUAAUAAUAGGUAUACUAAAUAGUACUACAGAUAUUUCGAGUUAAUAAUAAUUGAUAAGAUAUGAUAAGUGUGACUCAGGAAAUCGAUCAAAAUAUUAUACUUGGAUAAAGAUCAUCUUUGGGAGUCAUUCAAGUUGAAGUGUUUUAAUUUUAUUUCAUUCAAUAAGUGAACUACUGUAAACAAUGUGUAUUUUGUGCAGGACAGUGCUGUUUAUUGGAUUUAUUAAUAUAGCUUCUUGCAAUUACUACUGCACAAUGAAAUCCUUUGAAGUGAACUGUUCCCGCAUGCAUUCCCAAGAACUUUCAAGCCAGAUUUCAGUCGUCUUAAACAAACAGGACAUCACACAUCUGGACAUCAGGGACAGCGACAUACGGACAGUGUCCGAAGACAUUCUAAGAGAUUUUGAUAAUUUACAGUCCCUGGAUAUCACAAAUUCAGGAGUUGAGGUUCUUGAAAACCACGCUUUUUCAAAUUGCAGUUUUUUAAGGAAGGUUAACUUGAAGUAUAACAAGUUAGAGAGUUUUAAUUUUGAGGCUUUUGAAGUAGAUAACAAGAUCUCUUUGUUAGAUUUAUCAAAUAACUUAUUAAAAACGUUUGAGAACUUCAACGUAAGUUAUUUUUCAAGCUUAAAAAUACUCAACUUGACUAACAACACUUUGACAUCACUGCCAGAAUCUCUGAUAGAAAAACUAAUAACAACUGAAGAAUUCUACAUGCUUAUUGACGACAAUCCUUGGGAUUGUAAUAUUUCAUCGUGGUCUGAUAGUUUGAGUUCUGUAAUGCUUGAGGCAUUUUGUGGAGUUGAAGAUACAACGUAUAUGACUGAAACGAAGAUAGACGAAGUAGUAGCUUCGACUACAGAAGCAUUUAAAGUUGUGUAUGAGGGCGAAACUAGUGGAAAAACUCUGAUACCUAUGGCGAUUGUAGAUGGAAAGUUUUUUGGCAACAGGAAGCUCAACAAUGCAUGCCCGGAUUGUGAUAUGAUUGGGUACGCUAUUUUAUGGUGUCUUAUAGGAAUUGUUGUCGGAAUAAUUGUUGGAAACGUACCGUGGAUGAUUAGGAUGGCAUGUAAGAAAUCGAAAACAAGCAAGGACAAGGAUGCUCAAUGUGAUUUAUCAGUGGUAGGGCAGCAAUUACACUCAGGGGUAUAUAGCGAAUUUAUUAGAGAACAAGUGACAUCUGUGGCAACGAACACAACAGACGAUGAACAAGAUGCUCAUGAAGAGACCCGAUUAUAGUAUAAUAAGAAAAAUGUAUCUAACCCCAUCGAAUAUUUUUUACUUUGUAUAACUCAUAUCCUUUGUAUAUAAAUAAAAUAUGUAUAUAGAAUGAAAUUUAUAGAGCUUUAUUUCUAAUUUUAAAAUAGAGGAAAAUAUAUGGAGCAACCAACAAUGAUUGAAUUAGUUGUAAGUAUAUUCUGAUUUUACUCGUUUGGUUGGCAAUAAAUUUAAGAAAUUCGAAUAAUGAAAAAAUAAAACUAUUUAUUAGAUGGGGAAUCACUAGAGUCAAAACAAACCAAAAGUUAAAUAAUAAGAUUAUUUUUUUUGCCGAUACUUAAAUUCGUUUUCCAUAAUAAUGUGAGACUAAUCAAUACGAGAUGAGAAAUAAAUAGAUUUAAUGUCAAGUUUUUUCUAAU